AUGGUGGAAGACCUGACUGUUGAACGUCCAGGGGAAACCGUGGUUCCGACCGAAACCACCCUUGCGACCGUGAGCGAGCUCCCAGCUGAAAUCGGUCUUCGUGAUGAUGCCGAUGCAACUUUUGAUGCCGAAAUUGAAGACCUUUUCUCGGAUCAGACAAUUCGGUUGGAGCCCAUGGUGGAAGACCUGACUGUUGAACGUCCAGGGGAAACCGUGGUUCCGACCGAAACCACCCUUGCGACCGUGAGCGAGCUCCCAGCUGAAACCGCUGCGAGGUUGAGGGUAGCUGCUAAUGAGAAAGCAGAAGCGGAGAAAAUUGUACAAAUCAAGCGAGCAGAGGGCGAUGCCGAGUCUAAGUAUCUGGCAGGAUUGGGUAUUGCUAGGCAGCGAUAG